GUUUUUGUUCUCAGUAUUUUUCAAUGCUUCUGUGGUAAUUGGAAUUGAUAUGUGUUUUUAUUUAGGUUAGCUGUCUAAUAUAACAUUCUGAGCUAUUUAACUGAGAAUUAAAACAAAAUGACGUCGUGUUUGGAACAUAUACAGUCUUCCAAUUGCAUAUGGUUUGAAGCAGGUGAAAAACGAAAUGUAUUGGCAUCUAUGUUGGCUGGAACAUUGUUCUUUAUAGGAUGGUGGUUUAUUAUCGAUGCUCAUGCCAAAUACCCUAAUGAAAUGUCAAAUGCGUAUCAUGUGUGUGGAGUAUUUGGAACAAUAUCUCUCUUUAUGGUAAAUUCUGUAACAAAUGCACAAAUAAGAGGAGAUGCAUACAAUGGCGGUUAUUUAGGAGCUAGGGGUGCAAGAGGUUGGUUGUUUGUUGGGUUUGUAAUGGGAUUUGCUGCAGUUAUCGCAGCUUGUUGGAUUUUAUUUGCAGAUUUUGUAGCUGCAGAAGCACAACAUCAUUGGCCUGGUGUAGGCCUAUUUUUACAAAAUGUAUUUAUCUUCUUGGGCUCUCUCACUUAUAAAUUUGGACGAUCAGAAGAGUUAUAGGAUUAUUCAAUAUUUAUGCAUAUAAGAUAUUUUUAUUAUUUGCACAGCAUCUUCUAGUUCUAAUAAGCUUUAAUAUGAAACAUCUCAAACUAAGGAUCAAAUAAUUACAUGUAUUGCACUAUGAAUGGAUUGAAUUAUUCAUAACAAAAUUAAAUAACUUUUCAAAUUUA